AUGGAACACCGGAUUGCUACAGGAGUGGCUUCCGAUGGGGUUGGUGCGCCAAGUCCAGAUGGUUACCUUGUAUCCGGACUAGGAAGAUGCGAUGGUUUGGGUGGGGUCUCCAUCGGGGCACUUCACAGUGAAGGAUGGGAGGAAUCCGUGAUACACCUUUUCCUGGGUGGGCCAGUGGCAGAGCGGGUUUGGGCCUUCUUUCGCGGACGGUUUGGUAUCCUUCGACCUAAUUCACAGCCCAAAAUAAGGCCCGUUUUGAGGGGGCUCAGAUGGGACCCGCAGGGGAUAAUUUCGGCAGUGGGGAGUGCAGUGGAGCAAUUAGGAAGGGCGAAGGUCCUCUCCAUGGCGCAUUUUAAGGGGGAUUCGGGGGAUCCAUGGGCUCACUUAGCUACCUGGAGGUCGCAGGUGAUGAGGCACUUGGUGAUCUCGUGGUUGCCGUCUCCAGAGGGAGUGGUCAAAUUAAAUACGGAUGCUAGUGUGACUAGAGGGAGGGUGUCAGGGGGAGGCUUGCUGCGGGACCAUGAAGGCAGAUUGAUUUUUGCGUUCUAUAAAGAAUUUGGGGAGGUCGAUGUACUGACUGCUGAGAGUAGUGCACUGCUGCAGGGGUUACUUUUCUGUACUGGAGUUCGGAUUCAGCAGCUAUUGGUGGAGGUGGAUUCGGCAGGACUAGUUCACUUGCUAGACUCAGGGGCAUUGGCAAAAUGGCCGCUGUGUCGCUUGAUACGGCAGAUUCGGGCCCUGCUUCAGAGCUUCAAUACUACAGCUAAGCACAUAUUCAGAGAGGCGAACUCCGCGGCCGAUAAGUUAGCAACGAUGGAUCGCUAG